CCAGGGAAAACGAGAGGUGAACUCACAUCCUCUACAGUCUAUCCAACAAAAUGGACACAAAUGGACUCGGAAUAGACCAAGAGCUCUUCAGCUGUUGCAUCUGCCUGGAUUUACUGAAGGAUCCAGUCACUAUUCCCUGUGGACACAGCUACUGCAUGAGCUGUGUUAACACUCACUGGAAUGGAGAGGUGGGUAAGCAGAGCUACAGCUGCCCUCAGUGCAGACAGAACUUCACUCAGAGACCCGUCCUGGUGAAAAACACCAUGUUGGCUCUUUUAAUGGAGGGACUUAAGAAAAGUGGACCUCCAGCUGCUCCAGUGGCACACUGCUCUGCUGCACAUGGAGAUGUGUCCUGUGAUUUGUGCUCUGUGAGGAAAGUGAAAGCUGUAAAAUCCUGCCUUCAGUGUCUGGUGUCUUACUGUAAAGAACAUCUUCAGCCUCAUUAUGACGUCGCUGCGUUAAAGAAGCACAGACUGGUGGAGCCCACUGAUCUCCAAGACAACAUCUGCUCUAUACACGAUGAGGUAAUGAAGAUGUUCUGUCGCACUGACCAGCUGUGUAUCUGUUACCACUGCUGUGUGGAUGUACACGAAGGCCACGACAUAGUGACAGCUGCAGCAGAGAGGACUGAGAAGCAGAGAGAGCUAGAGGCCUUCAGAAAGAAAAUACUCCAGAGAAUUGACAACAAAGAGAAAAAUGUGUCCAGUCUUCAACAUGAGGUAAAGAAUGUUCUACGUUCUGCCAAUGCAGCUGUGGAUUACAGUGACCGAGGCCUCAAAGAGUUGAUAACUCUACUUGAAAAAAGAAUAAAUGACAUGAAGAUGCAGAUCAGAUCCCAACAGGAAGCUAAGGAGCACAGAGUCAAAGAGCUUCAGGACAAACUGCAACAGGAAAUCACUGAGCUGAAGAGGACGCAGUCUGAACUGGCCUCACUCUCACACAUUGAAGACCCCCUCCAGUUUUUACACAAGUUUGCUUCGAUUUCAAAAGUCUGUGAGACUUCAGAGUCAUCCUACACCUGCAGGACCCCUCCACCUUUUCAGGACAUGGUAACAUCUGCUCUAUCAGAGCUGAGAAGCAAACUACAAGAACCCUGUCAGUUAAAACCACCCACUGUGGCUCACAACCUUAAAGUGAAUAAUCCUAAAAGAGAUAAUGGUCCUGCUGGAGCUCAGGAUAAUGUACCCUCACAACAGAAUACAUCAGUGGACAGACCAGCUCCCACUCGUACUAUCAUCAAACAGACACCAUCAGCCUCUAACUCACAACCUUAUCAACCUGCUGACACGUUUUCACCUCAACACAAAGAUGGAUCAAACUUUCAAACUCUUGGAGAGUUACAACAAUUCUCACGUAGGUUAACAUUUGAUCCAAACACCUUGAACCACAAACUGCAACUGUCUGCUGAUAACACUGUUGUCAAACGCCUGUCACAAAGUCAGAAGUAUUCAUAUCACCCAUUAAGAUUCAAAACCUCAUCUCAGGUUGUGAGUAAACAAAAGAUUACAAGUCGCUGUUUUUGGCAGGUGGUUGGAAAAUUUGAUGAGGGCUUUGCAGUUGCUGUGUGUUCCAAAAGCGCUGUGAGGGAAAUGUGUCGAUUUGGACUUUGUGACCAAUCUUGGGCCCUUGAGUGUUAUAAGGAUAAGUAUGUGCUUUGGCAUAACAGAUAUGGCAGCAAUUUGCCAUUUGAAGAAUCCCAUUGUGACUUCACUGAGAUAAGGAUUGGAGUUUUUGUGGAUCACAGAGCGGGUACUUUGUCCUUUUACAGAAUUUUUUCAGAUGAUUCAAUCUACUUCAUCCACAAAGUCGAGACCAGCUUUCUUGAGCCUCUGGUAGCUGGGGUUACUCUUGAAGAUAUUGACAGUACUGCUACAUUACUUUAAGAGACUUUAAGAUUUUCAGAUUUUCAUGUUUUGUUUUAAUUCUACUGCAUUUUAGCUUGUUUUUUUCAUGAAUGUUUUACUGAACAUUGACUAAAAUGUCAAAUGGAAAUACUCAACAGCUUUAUGUGGAUUUAAUUAUUUAUUAAUCUGUUUUUGAUCUCAUUGCCCUCUUACACUGCCCUGUUUCUCAGUUUUAUUCACAUUAAUAAUUCAUUAAUACAAAAUAAAUGAAAAUACAGAUAGCUUCUCUCAAAUAUAGU